AUGACUUGGCGUCAUCUCCUCCCCCGCUCGCUUUGCGCUGCUGCCGGUGCCUCGUUCGUCUUGUUCAGCGCUACCGCAGCGAAUUCCUCCCCAGCUUCGUCCACCCACGCGCUGUCCUACAACGACGGACACCACGGUCGCACCCCUCGAAUGAUCAUCAGAGAUCCUGAUGCCUUCGCCCACAAGAUGAAAAAGUUUGUCGAGGACGGUCCAGAGCAGCUCCUGGUGAUCGCCGACUUCGACCGCACCUUGACACCGUACUACAAGCCGCAGAGCGACCCCCAAAAACCUUUGGAGCAAGAAAACAGUAGUCACGGCCUGCCCAUGACCAGCAGCGCCUUGCCACCCGAAGUGGCAACUGCUCACCAGAAACUCUUCGCUCGUUACUACCCCGUGGAAACCUCUUCAAACCUCUCAGCCGAGGAGAAAUUCCCUUUCCUGGCCAAAUGGUGGGAGAGCGUCCACUCGCUGCUAGUCGAGUAUCAACUCUCCAAGGAUCAGGUCAAGACAGCAGUGGCGUCGGGGUCCCUCAGUUUCCGUCCAGGAUUCCACUCGCUCUUUAGACUUUUACACGACCAGCAAGUGCCGACGCUCGUCUUCUCUGCCGGACUCUACGACGUGAUCCACGCCGCCUUGGAAAAGGAGUUUGCAGCGGAGCAUAACUGCACGCACAUCACAGCUGAGGAGAUCCCCGACGAACAAAAGUUCACACCCGACAACGUGCACGUCGUGUCCAACAUGAUGCAUUUCGACGCAAAAGGCCGCAUCGAACGCUUCGACGGUCCGGUCAUUCACCCGCUCACCAAGACGGCGCAUGCGUUGCUGGACUCGCCAUACUGGAAAGAGUGUCAGCUUGACAAACGUCGCAACGUUCUUCUGCUCGGUGACUCGCGAGGCGACGUACGCAUGGCCGAUGGCUUGGACGCCGACGAGAUCAUCCGGAUUGGCUUCCUCAACUUGAAGGUGGACGAAGCUUUGGAGGAGUAUCUCGAACUCUACGAUGUCGUGUUCACCGACGACGCGAGUCUCGUGCCAGUGCAAAUGUUGAUAGAGCAGAUAACAGCAGUGUCCACCAGGAAGGAGUAG